AUGUCACAGCUUGUUGAAUGGACAAAAUGUGGUGAAAGCUACCUCUCAACAGUGCCAACAUUGUUAUGGGCGUUAGGUUCCGCUGCGCUUGCUCACCGCCUAUUAUCAGCUAUGUUCAGAAGGUUCAUGUUUCGACGUGUUCCAAUGUGGGAAAUAGUCUUACAGAAUCUAUUGUUCCUCUGGAUGAUUAUAUACAGUCUUCACUUUUGGACCAUAAUUGCACGCGUUGUCAAAUUUCUCGUCGAAUAUUGUUUUGAAACUAACGAAGGCUUUGUGUCAUUAGAUGAAGUGGAGAGUUGUAAGAUAAUGCAGCAAUGGAUGGUGUGGAUGUGCUCCACUGUGCCGCUUGUGUGCUACGUGUACACAUUGCCUAAGGCAGUGGCGCCACCGCUUAUGAUAUGGAUAACAACGAAUCCUUGGCAUCGUCGAGAAAUGGGCGCGUAUGGUUACUACCUUAAUCGGCCAAUUUCAUUCAUACAGCCAACCAGUAACGAGUCCCUCUGUUGCAAAGCUCUCACACUCAGAAGAGCCUUCAGCGAUUCCAAAACAGUUAUCAAAGAACCACCGAAAAAGAGAAGAAAUUCUAAAUCAAUUUAAUUAUCUACACGGCAAAUAAACGAUGUUUUA